AUGCUUCCCACGCGCUCACGAAGCCUUCUCGAAGCCGCCCUCCGACGGAAGCCAUACAUAUGCCAAUCAUGCCUGCGUAGCCUCCACCAAUCGCCCCGCGCCCGCCCAAUCGCGCUCCAGCCCGCCGCUCGCUACCUCCACGCCGCCGCACGCCUCCACGAUGACGUCGUGCCCUUCAGGAAGCAGCUCAAGGACGAAGAGCGGCGGAAGAAGGGCCAAAAGAACAAGAAUAACAAUCAGGGCAAGGCCAAGGCAGUGGAUCCGCUUCUAGAGAAGUGGGAGUUGACGGUGGGCAUCGAGAUCCACGCCGAGCUCAACACAGCUCGCAAGCUGUUCUCCAGCGCCGCGACCUCGACCGCCGACGCACCCAACACCCACGCCGCCCUAUUCGAUGUCGCAUUCCCGGGCACUCAGCCGCACUUCCAACGCGAAACGCUGAUCCCGGCCCUGCGCGCCGCUAUCGCGCUAGGAUGCGACAUCCAGCCCAAGAGCAGCUUCGACCGGAAGCACUACUUCUACCAGGACCAGCCGCAGGGCUACCAGAUCACCCAGUACUAUGAGCCCUUCGCCCGCGACGGCCAAAUCACGCUCCACGCCCACGACGGCAUCGACCCGCGCGACGGCGCCUCUAUCACAAUCGGCAUCAAACAAAUCCAAAUGGAACAAGACACAGCCAAAACCAUCGCGCAGCCGCCGUCGACGCACCUGCUCGACUUCAACCGCGUCUCGCACCCGCUCGUCGAAAUCAUCACACUCCCACAAAUCCACCACCCGGCCACGGCCGCCGCCUGCGUGCGCAAGAUCCAGCAGGUGCUCAAGGGCGUCGGCGCCGUCACGGCCGGAAUGGAGGUCGGCGGCCUGCGCGCCGACGUCAACGUCAGCGUGCGCCGGCGGGAUGGCGCGUCGGCUGGUGAUGGGGAAUACUAUGGUGUGACGGGCUUGGGGCAGCGGACGGAGAUUAAGAAUUUGAGCAGCUUUAAGGCGGUCGAGGAUGCGAUCGUGGCGGAGAGGGAUAGGCAGAUUGCUGUGCUGGAGGCGGGUGGUGUUGUUGAGGGCGAGACGAGGGGGUGGACGCUGGGGAGUACGGAGACGAGGAAGUUGAGGGGGAAGGAGGGCGAGGUGGAUUAUCGGUACAUGCCUGAUCCGGAUUUGGGGCCCGUGGUGGUUGGCGAGGAUCUCGUCCAGCAUCUUCGAGAUACCCUGCCUGCUUUGCCGGAUGAGACUGUCCAGAUGCUCAUGGAUCCGAAGUACGGCUUGAGCAUGAAGGAUGCAAAGACCCUGGUUGGGUUGGAUACGGGUGAUAGGCUCGAUUACUAUUUCGACGUCGUCAAGAUCCUGAACGAACAGACGACGCCAGAAGAGCAGGCUUCCUUGAAGUUGGGCAAAGCUGCUGGCAAUUGGCUACUCAUGGAACUCGGUGGCUUGAUGACUAGCGCAGACAUUGCUUGGUCCGAGGACAUCGUCCCAGCCGAGCAGCUUGCUUCCAUCAUCCUACACUUGCUGCGCCGUCAAAUUACAGGUCCGACCUCAAAGCAACUCCUAUCAAAAGUUUUCUACGGCGAUGAGAGGCCUGUCGAGCGUAUCAUCGAAAAAGAGAACCUUUUGUUGGUUCCUAUGACAAGAGACGAGUAUCUAUCGCUAGUACAAGGCGUACUCGACGAUAAUCCAGAGACGAUUACAGCGAUUAAAGAGAAGGGCCAGACGGGUAAACUCAUGUUUCUCGUGGGACAGACAGUCCGACGAGGAGAUGAAGGCAGGGUGGAGGCGAAGAAGGCAGAAGAAAUUCUGAGGGAGUUACUCGAGAUACCCGCGUAA